AUGUCGCACUACCUGCUCGCGCGAGAGUUGCGCGGCGACCCACCCACAUCGUCCGGUAGCGCCCACAGCAACAACAACAUGCUCCCACUCGGUCCGCAGCAUGAGGAGCUCGUCCGCGUCCCGUCCAUGGGAAGCUUUGCGGUUGCGCGAUCGCUGUCGUCCCAACUCAAGCUCGACCACUUUGAGAUCCGCAGUAUCAGCGACCAUGAUAGCUGGUACGAGCGCAGUUCCAGCCCGAGCCCCAGCCCGAGCAUCAUGUCGUCGCGCUCGGACGAAAAGGGAGCCGGCACGCCAGACGACAAGUACUACUCGGACGAGAAGGGCUCGACCGAAGGCGGUAGCGGGGAGGAGGGCGUUCCCGACGGUGUUCUGACGGGUACCCGCCUCGCGCUCGUCUUCACCGCACUGCUGCUCUGCACGUUCAUGUUCUCGCUCGACCAGUCGAUCGUCGCGACAGCCAUCCCCCGCAUCGUCUCGGACUUUAACAGCUUCUCCGCUGUCGCAUGGCUCAUCACAGCCUACUUUCUCACGCAAUGCGGAUUCAUCCUCCUCGUCGGCCAGCUCCUGACCGUCAUCAAGGCCAAGUGGGUACUCCUGGGCGCCGUGUUCUUCUUCGAGCUGGGCUCGCUCCUUUGCGCCUUAGCUAAGGGGAUGACGUUCCUAAUCGUCGCCCGCGCCAUCCAGGGUAUCGGUGCGGCGGGCCUGUUCGUGGCAAUCAUGGCGACGAUUGCGGUCGUCACGACUGUUGAGAAACGCUCGGCAUUCAUGGCUGGAUUCGGGUUCGCCUUCGUCAUUUCCUCGGUCGUCGGUCCCCUCCUUGGCGGCGUGUUUACCGAACACCUGAGCUGGCGCUGGUGCUUCUGGAUCAACCUCCCCAUCGGCGGGAUAGCGACUCUGCUGGUCAUCUUCCUCCUACCCGCCCGCCCACCCGAGCGCACUCACGAGUUCCAGAAGACAGGCUGGGCCGGAUUCUUCCAGAUGGACUGGCUCGGUUGCGCGCUCUCCCUCACCAUGGUCACUUGUCUCUUAAUCGCGCUUCAAUGGGGCGGUAACGACUACCCGUGGGGUAACUGGCGUAUCAUCCUCCUCUUCACCCUUUCUGCCGUUCUCACCAUCACCUUCUUUGCGUGGGAGCACUGGCUCGGUGAGCGCGCCCUCAUCCCGCCCGGUAUCUUGCGUAACCGUACCGUCGUCGCGGCCUCGGGAACCAGCUGGAUGAUCAUGACCGGCCUCCUGGGUGGCACAUACCAGCUGCCCCUCUAUUAUCAGGCGUCCAAGCUGCAUUCGGCCCAGAAAUCCGGUGUCGACAUUAUCCCGUUCAUGGUUGUCGUGUGUGUUGGGAUCUUCAUCUCGAGCGGAUUCGUCACAAAGUUCGGAUACUACUACCCGUUCUUCUUCGUUGGACCACCCAUCGCAGCUGUGGGCUUUGGCAUGCUCUUCACAGUGACGGAGACGACGUCCAACAAGUUCCUCAUUGCGUGGCAGGUCCUCUCGGGUCUGGGUAUUGGCCUCACUUUCCAAAACAUCAUCCUUUCCGUGCAGGCCGAGUACGCGCGCAAACCCGCCCUCCUCCCGCAAGCGACCGGCGUCCUCUCCUUCUUCCAGCUCACAGGUGCAGCCGUAGGCGUAGGCAUCAUCAACACUGUCCAGUCCGUCUACCUUAACGACUACCUUCGCAAAUACGCCCCGCUUGCGCCGUUCCAGAUCGUGCGCCAGUCCACCACCGUCAUUCCCAUGCUGCCCGAAAUCAUGCGGCCAGGCGUCAUCAAGGCCUACACCCUGGCUAUUAGCAAGUCGUACCUUCCCAUAAUUGUCGCUAUGGGUCUCGCCCUCUUCUUUGGCUCGUUUAUCCGCAGCCACAACAUGCUCAAGAUUGGCCUUCCAGGGGCUGGCGGGUUGGCGUGA